CAGGCGCCCCAGAGCCGCGGGCGGGAGGGCCAGGGAGAAAGCAGGUGGAGGGCUGACGGCGGCGGGGCUGCGGUGGCUCUGCCUGCGGGCCCGGAGCUCCGACUCCCACCUCUCCCCUCCCGGCCCGCCCGCCAUGCCUGCCAGCCCUUUGCCUUUGCCGGGGCUCCCGCCUGACCAGCCUCCCCUCCCCGUCUGGUUGGGACUUGGGAGCUGAGCCGUCUGGGGCCCUAGGGCCAAUGCACUGCCGGCUCCUCCGGGGCCUGGCCGGAGUCCUCCUCACCCUUCUAUGCAUGGGGCUCCUCUCGCUACGGUACCGCUCAAGCCCGUCCCCGCAACGUGUGCCCGACACCCCCGAGCUGAGCCCGCCAAGCCCUCGGCCCUCCGAGCUGCAGCUGCACGAUAUCUUCAUCGCAGUCAAGACGACCCAGGCCUUCCACCACUCCCGCGUGGAGCUGCUGCUCAACACGUGGGUCUCCAGGACCAGGGAACAGACCUUCAUCUUCACUGACAGCCUGGAUGAAGGCCUCCAGGAGAGACUGGGGUCCCACCUUGUGGUCACCAACUGCUCUGCGGAGCACAGCCACCCUGCCCUGUCCUGCAAGAUGGCCGCUGAAUUUGAUGCCUUCUUGGCCAGUGGGCUGAGAUGGUUCUGCCAUGUGGAUGACGACAACUAUCUGAACCCGAGGGCGCUGCUGAAGUUGCUGAAAACCUUCCCCCAGACCCGUGACGUCUAUGUAGGCCGGCCUAGCCUGAAUCGGCCAAUUCACGCUUCGGAGCCGCAACCUCACAACCGCACAAGGCUGGUACAGUUCUGGUUUGCCACCGGAGGUGCUGGCUUCUGCAUCAACCGCAAACUGGCUUUGAAGAUGGCCCCCUGGGCCAGGUUACCCUUAGCUACGGCGUCUUUGAGGGGAAACUCAACGUCAUUAAGCUCCAAGGCCCCUUCUCCCCUGAGGAGGACCCCUCCAGGUGAAGCCAUCCAGGAAACCCCAGCCUAUCCUGACCAAUACUAAUACAGGAGAUACAGCAAACAGGUAAACAAAUAAACAGGAGUUCUAGAAACUGAUGGAGUAAUGAGGGCCACAUGCAGGAAGGAGCCAGUGGGGGAUCUUUGCAGGACACAUUAUGGAUUUAUUUUUAAAUUCUUCCAACCUUAACGAGUAAACCUUCAGCCUCUCGAUGGUCCUGGUCUAAAAUUCUUUAGCUUUGUCUGGCUAACCUCCUUCUCAAGCCUUCUGAAACCCCAUCUUGCAUGACCUAUGUCACUCUUAACUCCACCUUCUGGAUUUUUUUUCAAGGACCUGCUGUUUGUUUGUCUUUAAUUUUUAUCUUUAAUUUGGCCCUGCUGGGUCAGAAACCUGUCCCUUCAUGCUACAUAGCUCCAGUGACCUUUCUCUCUCCCACCCGUAUCCUGGCCUUCUUGGAAAAGUCUCCAGAUGGAUCUGUGUUCCCCUCUCUCCAGCCCAUUGACCCUCCCUCACCCCAGCUUUGUUCAGUAUUUGGGUGCGAGCAGAUCUGUAUCUUUAAUGAUUUUACAGAAGCAUGAUACAGACCGUGAGACUGAAAAACCCAAUUUACCUGUUGGUUUGCAAGAGACAUUUAUGUAGUUCAAAUCUGUUUUAUUUGUGUCUGAUUAUUUUAAAUUAAAUCUAAGUAAAUUCUAAUAUGUUAGUAAUAUGUUUUCGGUGCCAUUUACCCAUUGCUGCGUAAUAAACUACCCCAAAAUAUAGUGGCUUAAAGCAGUGACACCACUUAUUUUGCUCAUGCAUCUGUGAUUUGGGGGGGUUUGGUGGGAAAGUCCAUCUCUGCUCUGCUUGGUGUCCACUGGGGCGGCUCCAGCUGGGGUUGGAUCAUUUGGAGGCUCUGACAUCUGAUGCCUGGGUGGGGAAGACUCAAAUUGCUAUUGUCAUUCUCUCUAUGAGGUCCCUCUGGUAUGACGUUGCAGGGUAGCUGGACUUCUUACAUGCUGGCUCAGGGCUUCCAGCCAAGAGAGUAAGCUGGGUUGCCUCUUAUGAUCUGGCUUAGGAAGUCUAGCAGCAUCAACCAAGGCCAGCUCAUAUUCAAUGAGAGGGCUGGCCCCACCCUUGCCUUUAAGAAAUUACAUUAUUAAUUUUAAAAAAUGUGUUAAAAUAUAUAAUGUAAUUUUCCAUUGUAACCAUUUAAGUGUACUUCAGUGAUACUAAUUACAUUCACAGUGUUGUACAACCACCACCAAAACUUUUCUGUAAUGGCCAUCCAUGUUGUAGCUGGUAUCAGAACUCCAUUCCUUUUCACAGCUGCGUACUAUUCCAUCACCUGUAUAUGUCACAUUUUCUUUAUCCCUUCAUCCACCCAUGGACACUUGGGUUGCUUCCAUCUUUUGACUAUUGUGAACAAUGCUUCUGUGAAUGCUGGUGUGCAAAUAUCUGUUUGCAUGUCCGCUUAGAAUUCUUUUGGGAAUAUACCCAGGAGGGCAAUUCCUGAAUCAUAUGGUCAUUCUGUGUGCCUUUUUUUUUCUGAAGAACUGACAUACUGUUUUCCACAGCAGCCACCCCAUUUUACAUUCCCACCAGCAAAGCACAAGGGUUCAAAUUUCUCCACAUCCUCACCAGCAUGUUUUCUGUGUGUGUGUGUGUGUGUGUGUGUUUUUAAGUAACAGUCACGCUAAUGAGUAUGAAGUCUCGUCAAUGGGUAUGAACCAUCUCCCUGUGGUUUUGAUUUACAUUUCCCUAAUGGUUAGUGAUUUUAAGCAUCUUUUAAUAUGCCUAUUGCCAUUUGUAUAUCUUCUUUGGAGAAAUGUCUUUUCAAGUCCUUUGCCCACUUUUUAAUUGGGUUGUUUUUUGUUGUUGUUCUUGGUGAUGAGAUCUCAUUCUUUUUUGCAGUCACGUAGUAUUUCAAAGAAAGUUAUACAGUUCUUUUACUAACCAGUCCUCUAUUGAUGGCUAUUCAGGUUGUUUCCAAUCAUAUGUUGUUCAAGCAAUGCAAUAACGAAUUUUCUCCUACACAUGAUAUCAUGCUCAGGUGUGAGUAUAUUGGAAGAGAAAUCCUUGCAGUAGGAUUCAUGAAUUAAAGAAAAGCUGCAUGUGUCUGUUUGGUAGAUGCUGUCCAAUUGCCCUUGAGAGAGUAUGCACCAGUUUAUAGUUCCUAUAGCUAUGUAAGAGGGCAAGGUGCAGCUUUAAAACUAACAUGUAAGUUUUCAGCAUUAUGCCAAAGAUUUCUUCUUCCUUGGGGAUGCUAAUCUGACAUUUCCUAAUACCGAUUAAAAUGUUGGCCUAACACUGCCCUCUGUUAAGGGAUUUGCAACUUAAUUGCAUUUGUUCAUAAAAUGGAAUUAAUAUCAAAUAACUUGCCAUCAAGAGUGAUUUUUGACCCUGUGCUAUGACAAAUCCAUUCAUGUUUUAUGUUUUAAAAAUCUAUUCAAAGUUAAAAAACUGCUUAUUAAAAUGAUAUUAAAAAAAUCAGACUCAAUCUCAAUACAUAUGCCAAUCUUUCCAAAUAGGAUAAAUUUAUUCUUAUCCAUUUUCCCCCCAGAGGUAUAGCCAUGAAAAUUCACGCCUGGAAACUCUUUUCUGUUGUCAGUGGUAUCUAACAAGAUCAUGGAGCAACUCGCACAUCAAAUAUUAACUCAACCUGCACUUUUUAGGUGAUAUGUGGAUUUAGAAGCAAACAGCAUGCUUUCCAUAGCCAACACCAAACUCCUCACUCCUCUGGCUUAUAAUUAAGAAAGUAAAUGAAAGUUGUUGUGAUCAAGCCAGGAUCAAAUUAAAACAGAUAAACAGACUGUGGCCACACUAACUAUAAUAUAGUAAUGUAUGUUCGUAAUUAACUAGACACAGUUUUCAAGAAGAAGGGGACUUUUUUCAGAGGCGAAAACUCCUGUAAAUGAAGAUCUAACAUGUAUUAAUAAAUCAACUCAGGACGCGAAUUCUGUAUGCUGUUCAUG